UUCAAAAAAAAAGAGUGUUUACUUGGAUUUGUUUUUUUUUACUAUAUUACUGUAGUUGUUGUGGUUACAUGACAGCUCCUUACAAGCUUAGAUCCCACAAUCCUUUCUUCUACAUUGACACUUGCCUUAAGAGGGGGGCCAAAGAAAGAAUCUGGAAUUGUUUCUUCUCAAAGAUUGGUAAAUGAGUUUGUGAAGUCUUCAAAGAUCUGAAAAUUAAAGAGGGACAAAAUGGGCAGUGACCUGAAGAGCCAGCUAUCUAGAGAUAGCCAUAUAUUUGGACUCAAGGUUUGGGAAGUAAUUGGAAUAGCUGUUGCAUUACUCAUCAUAGCCAUCCUCUCCGUUCUUUCGUUUUGUCUUACUUCGAAAAAGAAAUCAAGAAGAUCCAAAACCGGUCUUCCGGUUAUCCAAAUCCCUCAAGUCUCCAAAGAGAUCAAAGAAGUGAGAGUUGAGCAUGUCUCAGCAAAUAACUUUGCUCCUCGUGAAGGCAUUCUUCUCACAAUUCAGGACAGGAACAACAAAGACUCUGACAAAGUAAUGGUUCAUUUAGAUAUGGGGAAGAAGAGAAAGAACGGUGGAAGUAGUUGUAGCCGGUCAGGCUCGUUUCACAAUUUAGAGAUCAUAGAUAAACAUUCAGAGUCAGUUGAAGAAGUUUCUUUGAACCAACCUUCUUCAUCAUCAUUGUAUAACAUUGCAACUCCAUCUCCAUUGGCUGGUUUGCCUGAGUCUCAUCUUGGUUGGGGCCACUGGUUUACACUGAGAGAUCUUGAAAUAGCAACUAAUAGAUUCUCAAAGGAGAAUGUUAUCGGUGAAGGCGGUUACGGAGUUGUUUACAGAGGAAACUUGAUCAAUGGAACUCCUGUUGCAGUUAAAAAGAUUCUUAAUCAGUUGGGACAAGCAGAGAAAGAGUUUAGAGUCGAGGUUGAUGCUAUUGGUCACGUGCGUCACAAGAACCUGGUCCGUCUUCUUGGUUACUGCAUUGAAGGCACUCACAGGAUAUUGGUCUACGAGUACGUGAACAAUGGAAAUUUAGAACAGUGGCUUCACGGAGCAAUGAGACAGCAUGGAUACCUAACAUGGGAAGCUAGGAUGAAGGUUCUCAUCGGUACAUCGAAAGCUCUUGCUUAUCUGCAUGAAGCAAUUGAGCCAAAAGUAGUCCACAGAGACAUAAAGUCAAGCAACAUACUAAUCAAUGACGAAUUCAAUGCAAAGGUUUCAGAUUUUGGGCUUGCUAAGUUGCUUGGCGCUGGGACAAGCCAUGUGACAACUCGAGUAAUGGGAACAUUUGGGUACGUUGCUCCAGAAUAUGCAAAUACAGGGUUGCUAAAUGAAAAGAGUGACGUCUAUAGCUUUGGUGUUUUGCUCUUAGAAGCAAUCACAGGAAGAGACCCUGUGGAUUAUGGCCGUCCUGCUCACGAGGUGAACCUAGUGGAGUGGUUGAAGAUGAUGGUAGGAACGAGAAGAUCAGAAGAAGUAGUGGAUCCAAACAUAGAAGUAAGACCACCUACAAGAUCAUUGAAACGAGCCCUUUUGACGGCUCUGAGAUGCGUCGAUCCAGAUUCCGAUAAAAGGCCAAAAAUGAGCCAAGUUGUGCGGAUGCUUGAGUCCGAAGAAUAUCCCAUUCCAAGAGAGGAACGAAGGCGUUCAAGAACGAGAGAGGGGAGCAUGGACUCAGACAUUGACAUGAAUACACCAGUUUCAAGAUCACAGAGCAAGAGACAAUAAUCCGAGUAAUCUGUCAAUAUUGAGAUCCUUUUAAAAUGCCUCUUGCGCAAGGUUACAAGACAAAGUGGAGUGAACCAGAAUGUGUAAUGAUUGUUAAGAUCUCUGCUAUUCUUUGAACUUGUCUUCUUGCAUUUUUCUAUUUUGUGGUUUCUGAAUUUGUGAUAAGUAGACCAUAGAGGAUUGCUUGUACAUGGAAUUGGGUUUGUGUUUAUAUCUCCUUACAUUAAAAUAAUGGAUUGGUGUGUACAGUGUUA